UGAAAGUAGGAGUAGUUCAGUACCGAAAACAAUAAAACCAGGAUCAGUGCUAGCACAACAAGGCCCUGUCACCCAUCUGACGUCCCGCCGCGCCGCCUCUCCCGAUUGGCAGAGGCGCCACAACACUAACGGGACGGCCGGCCAAUGAGCGGCGCGGCCUCAUCGCACCUGGGAACGUCACAUUGCGUCGAGGGUUCUAUUUUAAGUUGUUUUGAACCAGCGCUUGCCACCAGCAUGCUUUUCUCAAGCCGCGGAGCACGUGUCGUGAUGAGGGGCGGCAGGGGCGUGCUGGGCCUGCUGCGGCGGGCCAUGCUGGGCCAGGCGCCCGCCCAACACCUGCACGUCAGCCACAACAGACUCAGGGCGGAGCUGAUCGACGGCAAGAAAGUGGCGGCUGAGAUCCACCGCGAGCUGGCGGAGGAGGUGCAGAGCCUGUUGGGCAGCAAGGGGCGGCCGCCUCACCUGGUGCUGGUGCGCGUGGGCGGCGACCCGGCCUCCGGCAGCUACGUUAGAAACAAAACCAGGGCGGCUGAUAAGAUUGGCAUCCAGAGCACCAUCCACCACCUGCCUCCGGACACCAGCCAGUCCUCCCUCCUGGCCCUGGUGCACCAGCUCAACACUGACAGCGAUGUGGAUGCCAUUCUGGUGCAGCUGCCACUUCCUGAACACAUGGAGGAGAAGGUGGUGUGCAACUCCGUCUCCCCACAAAAGGAUGUGGAUGGCUUCCAUGUCAUUAAUAUAGGACGGUUUUGUCUAGAUAUGAACAGUAUGGCUCCAUGCACUCCCCUGGGGGUCAUGGAGCUCAUAAGGCGGUAUGGCAUUGAAACCUUUGGCAAGAACGCAGUGGUGUGUGGAAGGAGUAAAAAUGUGGGGCUGCCCAUUGCGAUGCUCCUUCACGGGGACGGCAUUCGCCCGGACGGGGAGACGGGGGGCAUGGAUGCCACAACCACCAUCUGCCACCGCUACACCCCCGUGGAGCAGCUGCGAGUGUUUGUGGCCACGGCAGACAUCAUAGUGACCGCCGCCGGGCUGCCGGGCCUCAUCACCGGGGACAUGAUCAAGCCCGGCUGUGCCAUCAUCGACGUGGGCAUCAACCGCAUCCAGGACCCCACCACCGGCAAGUCCAGACUGGUGGGGGACUGUGACUUUGAAAGCUGUGUGGAGAAGGCAGCGUACAUCACCCCUGUGCCCGGAGGUGUGGGGCCCAUGACAGUGGCUAUGCUGAUGCGCAACACCAUCGUGGCGGCCAGGGGGAGCGUGCGGUACUGAGGCAGCAGCUACUGUGUGGAGCCUCGGAGCGUCCGGCGGCUGUGUGGAGAGAACUGUAUUACGUGAUGAUGGGUGAGAGGGGUUUGCAUCCAGUCAGUCAGUCAUCAGUGUGUAGGAAUGUGUUGAGGCCCAUUUUGAAUGAUCUCUCAGUCUGGUAUUUUUCCCUUCUCUUGUUUAUGAUCUCUCACUCUGACAUUUUUUCCCUCCUUUUAUUCAUGCUCUUUCACUCUGACAUUUUUUCCCUCCUUUUAUUCAUGCUCUUUCACUCUGACAUUUUUUCCCUCCUUUUAUUCAUACUCUUUCACUCUGACAUUUUUUCCCUCCUUUUAUUCAUGCUCUUUCACUCUGACAUUUUUUCCCUCCUUUUAUUCAUACUCUUUCACUCUGACAUUUUUUCCCUCCUUUUAUUCAUACUCUUUCACUCUGACAUUUUUUCCCUCCUUUUAUUCAUGAUCUUUCACUCUGACAUUUUUUCCCUCUUCUUUUAUUUGAUCUUUUAGUCUGACAUUUUUUCCCUCCUUUUAUUCAUGCUCUUUCACUCUGACAUUUUUUCCCUCCUUUUAUUCAUGAUCUUUCACUCUGACAUUUUUUCCCUCCUUUUAUUCAUACUCUUUCACUCUGACAUUUUUUCCCUCCUUUUAUUCAUACUCUUUCACUCUGACAUUUUUUCCCUCCUUUUAUUCAUACUCUUUCACU